AUGGUGCAGUGGUCAGUGGAUACGGCCUAUGAUCUGUGGCAGAUUUCUCAGGCCAAGAAGGCAACCAAACCGGGUGAUACUAGGCAAACUUGGAAGACACCACCGACGGGUUGGUACAAAUGCAACGUGGAUGCUGCCUUCUAUGCUGAUGCUGGCCAGGGGGCGACGGGAGCUGCUCUUAGGGGUUCGGCUGGAAACUUUAUAGCAGGUCGGGCUCGCUGGUACCCCCAUGGCAUAGACGCGCUAAUGAUGGAAACCCUUGCCUGCAGGGAUGGCAUGGUACUAGCGAGAGACAACAGCGUGGAAAGACUGCAGCUCGAAACUGAUUGUCAGGAGCUGGCCGUCCUGUGGUCAAGGAAAACAUACAAAAGGUCGUACCUGGCAGCGAUCUUCAGAGAUAUUGAGGAGAUUAGUGUAAAUUUUAUUGAUUUUAGUUUGAUGUAUGCCAAUCGAUCUUGUAACCGCGUCGCUCAUAUGUUAGCAAAGCAAGUCACGGAAGACAUCAGGUUGGGUGAGUGGCAUUCAGCCCCAACUUGCAUUGAUCUCCUGCUGACUGAAGAUUGUAAUCCGGUGACACAUCGUUGA